ACUAUGGAUAGUGGCUCAGGCCUGGGCACAGGGGCCAUCGUGGGGAUCCUCAUUGUGGUCUUUGUGCUGCUGCUGGUGGGCAUCGACGUCACCUGCUACUUCCUCAACAAGUGUGGCCUCGUCAUGUGCAUUGCCGUCAACUUCUGCGGCAAGUCCGGACCCGGAGCCAAGAGCAAGGACCUCGAGGAGGGCAAGGCGGCGUUCACGUGAGUCUCUCUUCUUCUCUGCUCCCUGGCUCCCUUGCUCUUCUCUCUGAAAUGCUGUAUGCAAUUUGAGUGUCAUCCAGCAUCCCACAGUAGCUGCUCUCAGACAAUGGGCCACAGUUUGACAAUGCAGAAUUGCAGUGUUUUUCAAACAAAAAUGACUCACCACAGUAUACUUGUACUGCACCAGCAUUUAUUUAACAUACUUUUUCCCUUUACAGGAAGGAUGAGUCAAAGGGGCCCAUCGUGGAGGUGAGGACAGAGGAGGAGCGCACUCCUAACCAUGAAGGGGGGGGACCCACAGAGCCUAAUGAGACCACCCCUCUGACCGAGCCUGAGUGAGUACUCCAGUACUGGCUGUGGGUAGAACCCCUGCACUGGGGUUGCCCUACACUGGCAAACCCAUACUAAUCGUGUAAUAUGUCUAUGCAUAAGACAUACUUCUUAUUCCAUAAUGACAGCAGUUGAGUGUUUUGAUAAUGCUUUUGCUGACAUAUUGGCUAAACUAAUUGAUAAAGUAAUGGGAGAAUGGAAUAUCAAAACCUUACUGAAGAUGUGCUCAGAUGUUUGUUGUUUAUGCUGAUGGUAGCAAAAAUAGUUGUUGUACUAACCCCUUAACCACCUGAUUUUGAUUUAAUUUGCUUUAGUUUGCUUAAAAUAGUGUCUGUGUCUAUCCCUCACUGCACUUUAACGUUUUGAAUCUCUAGUUCUUUGCUUUAUCACUGCAUGUAGCACUCACUGGAUGUCUGUUUGUGCCUUGGCCUCACCCCCCUACCCCUCCCUGCUCUCUUUUUCCUCUCUCACCCUCUUGCGGCUCGAUGGCUCUUCUCUUUCCUGCUUUUUUCUCUUCACAGGCCCGCUGGUGACACUACCGCCACAGUGGUGGACUUGCUCCCCUCUGUCGCCACUAACUCUGACCCCAUCACUGAGAGCUUUAGCACAUGCCAGAACAGCCCAGCUAGCGAGAGCACCACUCUCACUUCCAGCACAGCUGGCCCAACCCCUGUCUCGGCUGAGUCCAAAACGAACCACAAAACCUCCCCUAAAAGCACUCCCGCCCCGAUCCCCCAGUCCAGCACGCCCAAAGCUAGCACCCCCACCCCCCAGCCUGCCACCCAAUCCAACGUGGCACCCCUCGUCGACCUAAGCGAGGCUCCUAAAGCCACGCCCUUAUCCAACCCCAAGCCCCCCACCCCCUCAGCCCCUUCCUCAGAGCCAGCCAAGGUCCCCUCCAACCCCCCCUCUGCCAAAGCCGAUGCCGCGCCACAGAGCCAGCACGAGUCUGUCCAAAGCCCCUCCGCCAGCGACAGUCAGAAUAAGGACUUACAGAUAGACGGCCUGGCCAAGGAUGUGUUUGAUGCCCCGGGCAAAGGCUCCGAGGCCCCGGCAGACUCCACUGCUGCACCUGCACCGGCCCAGGACGAGUAUGACCCCCUCCCCUCCUCUUAG